AUGGAACCCGCAUUUCAACGCGGUGACCUGCUCUUUCUCUGGAAUCGAGACACGAGGGCAGAGAUUGGAGAAGUUCUCGUUUACAACGUUCGAGGAAAGUCUAUUCCGAUUGUCCACAGAGUUGUUCGCACCUUCCCUGAGGUAGAAGGACGCGUAAGCGCAAAGAAGGUGAAGGAAAUUACAGUGGACACGACACCUAACAUGCAUAUGCUCCUCACCAAGGGUGACAACAAUUUGGCAGACGACACUGAGCUGUACGCUCAAGACCAGGAUUAUCUCGACCGCAAGGAGGAUAUUGUUGGCAGUGUUCGUGGCUACAUCCCCAUGGUUGGAUACGUUACUAUCAUGCUCAGCGAGCACCCUUGGCUCAAAACAGUGAUGCUUGGACUCAUGGGGCUGAUGGUGAUGAUCCAGAGAGAGUAA